AAUGAACUUUGUAUUAACCAAUGAAAUCUACGCUGGCAAAGUCGUUAGAGGCUACGCCAAUUUGAUAAGUCUCGAGGGUCUCCGAACGAUAAAGCUUAAAAUUUACUUCCGAAAGAAAAAAAUGGCGGCGCCCACGAAUAAACAAGACAUUGGCAGUACCCCUAAAAAAGUGUACCCGCUAGGGAAUUCCUGUCUUGUAUGCGGCUUUUCAUUUAUACAGAAGUUAGUUCAUAGUGAUGGCAACACCACUAUCAAAAAGUAUUUAGACAAGAAGCUUCGCCUUUCCGUAGAACGACUGAAAAUCGUGAAGGAUGUGUGUAACAUUACAAACGACGUCAUAUUCACUAGUGAUACCGGUGUGUGCCAAAAGUGCUUCAGAAACAUUGAAAAGGUCCUUAAAAUUGAGAAGGAAGCAGCGACGCUCCGAGACUCUUUCAAGGCGUCUGUCCAAGUUACGAUGCAAAGGUUAAGUGUCUGCGUGCCUUCCCCAUCUAAAUUUUUUAUGGAAAAGAGAGAGAUGAGGAGUCCAUUGAAGGAAAAUGUUCAGGUAAAGAGGGUCCGAACCAAUCAAACAGAUGAUCUGCUCUUAGUGCCCAUCAGACGGGUAACGCCUGUCAAGCUUGUUCCAAUUCAGCCUGCUCCUCAGAUGGUGGAUACAAGCUCCAGCUCUGUAAUUACAAGCAAAGCACGUCGUUCUCUUGGGGGUGACUUUAGCAAAAAGGUAUAUGUGCAUUACCCAAGUGGAAAGAAAACAGCCCUGAUUACUUCGGAAGUUCACAGAAGCAUUUGCCGAACAAUAGUGGGAGGAAACAAUGUUGAAAGGACCAUUGUUAACAACCUUUGCUCAUCUCACCCUGAGGAGGUUACAAAUGGGGCAGCGAAAAUGAUCAAGAAAGAGGCAGUUGCUCUUUGUAAGAGGGGGUCGGGGUCCAUUCUCCAGAGUAAGGACUUUAAAGAUUUUUUUGAAUUUAAGUGGCAGCAAAUGAAGGAAGAACUCCAAAGAAGAUGCCCUACAAUUCUUUCAUUACUAUCAGCUGUAGUAAGUGACCAGGAGCUCUCCAGUGAUAGCAAAUCAGUCAUCCAUGUUAUGGUAUCUGCUGCCAUUGCAUUGCAUGGGAGAAACCAAGAAAUGUCCCUUUUCCAGUACAUGAUUGCCUUUGUGUUAACUCAUGGUGGAUGUAUUCAAAGGGAUAUUGAACGACUGUCAAAUAUUGGAUUAUGUGUACAUCCGAAGACCAUUCAUAGAAAAUUAGAAACUUGGAAGGAACUAGUAGAUUUGAAAGUGAAAGAAAUGAGGGAUUCCUGGGCUGAUAGUGGAAAUGUGAAAUAUCAAUUAGUCGGGGACAAUUGGGACAAGAACAUUUUGCCAUCUUACAGGACUUCAGAACGAGGAACACUGUCACUGCAUCUCUUCAACGUCAUUGCGGUUCAAGAUAGAGUUCCACCCUUAUCGGAUCUCCACAGAAUAGAGGAAAGAGAUGCCAAACAAAUCUGUGAAUUUAUACCGUCUGUUGCUGAGCAAAAACAAUUGAUGAGAGAAUUAGUGUUCAUAUUUGCAACUUCCAUUAUUGAGCACAAUCCUCAACUUCAAAGGGUGUACAGCUCUAUUUAUCCAAAGCAUUUGGAUCACCCUUACAGUCAUUUCUCUGGGCUAAAAACAUUCCAAUACCCUCUUGGACUGUUUGACUGUAAUGAAAACAAGACCCAAGAACUCAUUGCUCUUUUGAAGAAACUUUCCAAUGACUUCAUACCAUUCAAGAAUGGAAACAUUGUUGAGCCUGUGUUUUUUGGAGGGGACAGAUUAACAGACGAGAGAGUUCAAUCAGCUCAAAAAGCUAUGAAGAAUGCAGUAACAGCAAGAGAAAAAUUAGAAGGGUUUAUUUCCAAAAUAGAAGAUUUUCAUAGGCUGAUGAAUUUCUUAGAGGCAAUAGCCAAGCUGACUUUCAGCACAGAGAGUGGACAAGAUCCUGGGACUCUUUAUUUCUACAGAAAUCUGUUGAACCAUAGAGGUGUGAAAGGUGAAGUGAAGAAUGCAUAUCGCCUUUACAAGCUCCUUUUCUACACUGUAUUUGAUGCCAUUUGUCAGUUGCUUCUCCUUCAUCAUUUCCACCUGACAGAAGCUGAUUCGAACAUCCCAUUUCCAGAGGGAUUCCAGGAACUAUCAAAGAAGGAUAAAGUGGAAUGGUUGAACUUGGUGGCAAGUGAAAUCUUACAGACAUGGUUUUUUGAAAAUGAAGAAGACAUUUGUAAAGAAUUGAGGGAAGUGUUAGAUGAUCCACAACACUCGGAGAACUACUGGUUGUCUGAUGCACUUGAAAAUGAACGUUUGAAAUGUCACUUUUGCGAAGCAACAUAUGCCUGCGUGGGUUCUCUUCAAGCACAUGAGCAAAAGAAGCAUGAUGUUCAAAUUCCUCCAAAGAAGCCCAAAACCAAAAAGAAGAGCAGAGAUGAGCUUCAAGAUUAUGUUGUCAUGUUAUUUAAACUUUUAAUUAUUCACAAAAACUUGGACACAGCAGUCGACAUGGGGGAUGGGGAGCGGUCAGUUAGGUCAGCUAAAUACGAAUUGCCUCUUUACAACAAGACAAACAAAGUGAAAUACCUAAUAGGCUCUAUUCAUCUGACAGCCUUAACUUCAUGUACUGGGAUACUUCCUGAAGAUCUUAGGCAAAGACUUGUUGCAAACAGAUUCGUCAAUCUUCAAGGUGGACAAAAUAACAACAUAGCACUCGAUGAAUACCUUGAAAUGGUUAACCGUGACAGUAAAGUGGCAUGCACUGGAAAUCAGACAAAGGAGAGCAUCAUUCUUCAUUCCAAGGAAUAUCCGCACUUGGUAAAUUUUGUUAAACAUUUCGAUGAAAUUGCAAGUGUACGUCAGAAGAAAGGUUUCCAUCAUCUACCUUCAUAUCAAAGUGAUGUCCAAAAAGUUCUACAGGAUCUAAUGCAGAAUGAUAUUCUCGUGUAUGACCCUAACAGAACAUUUCGCUGUCAAAAACGGAAUCCAUAUGUGAACUGUUUUACAAAACUUCCUAUAAUGAUUCAUCGACAUAAACCAAAUCUGCCAUAUUGUCGACUUAGGAAUAUGCAAUAUUAAAUCUGGACUUUGUUUAUGUUAGAUUAUACAUGUACAUGUACCAGCUUGGUACUUGCACACGUAUGUUUAUGUACAUGUAUGUUAUAAAACUUUGUAUGAUGUUCUAAGAAUCAGUUGUCAAGAACUACAAGCAAGUUUGUGUACAUCCUGCCUUAUGUGCAUGGCAUUUUUUUUAAAAUUUUGUAGUACAUAUGUGUAUCAAAAUAUGUUAAAUGAUUACCAGUAAGUCCUAGGAUUGCAGGAUUUUGUGCAUGGCAAUUUUUUUAAAAUUGUGUAGUACAGAUGUUAUUGUAUCAAAAUAUGUUAGAUAAUUAAGUCCUAGGAUUGCAGGAUUUGUUGUUGUAUUCUCAGUUCCUACUAUUGUUGAUGCUAUUUUACCAAAACAUGUCCAAUGGAAAAUUAUUGAAGUAGUGAAAAUUGAGGGUGAGCAGACAGGCAACUGAAUUUAAAAUAUGCAUAUUCAAAACAUCUGCAUGCAUUUUUGUAAUUAAGAUAUAUUUUGUAACAAAUAUUUUCAAGUCAACAAAUUUAUUCUGUAUGUCACAUAAGAAUUUUUACAGCUAUAGUUCGCAUUCCUACAAAGAAUGCCAUAUCUGCACUUAUUAUGGUACCUGUAAUUUUAUGUUGAACUAUAAAAAAAGAACAAAUGUU